UUCGAGCCCGGUCCCCGCUAGCUCCUGAAUUGCCUCUCGGUGCCGGGCUGACUCCCUCUGGCCGGCCCGUACUCUGGCUCCCGCGGUAUCAUCCGGAGGGAUAGAGCUGGGCCGGGGCCUCCUUUCGGAAGCGUUUCCGUUCUUCUAUUCCUUGCUGCCGGGCCAGGACCCCUCCGGGACUUUUGUGGGGCAGGGGCGAAUCAUGCGUGGCCUAGGUGACCGCAUGCCUAGAAAAAGGCAGUGCGGGGCGGUGGCGGCGCGCACGGCCGAGUGGAACAGAGGGCGUCCCCGGGGCUGAAGCCCGGUAGCUGGGGGUCCAUAUUCAAAAUGACAUCUACUCCAUGCCUGUCUUGUUUCCCUAAUGUACUUUAUGGAAGUUCUUCACGCUACUGGAGCAUUGGUAUUACUUGUUAGACAGCCUUCCGUGUCCUAGCUCUUUUCCAAGGAAGAUGGAAGAGUUGAGUCGAGCCCUGGCUAGUAGCUUUUCUGUGUCUCAAGAUCUGAACAGCACAGCUGCCCCACAUCCCCGCCUGUCCCAGUACAAGUCCAAGUACAGUUCCUUGGAGCAGAGUGAGCGCCGCCAGAGGUUACUGGAACUGCAGAAAUCCAAACGACUGGAUUAUGUGAACCAUGCCAGAAGACUGGCUGAAGAUGACUGGACAGGGAUGGAGAGUGAGGAGGAAGAGAAGAAAGAUGAUGAAGAAAUGGACAUUGACAAUGUCAAGAAGUUACCAAAACGCUAUGCUAAUCAAUUGAUGCUCUCUGAGUGGUUAAUUGAUGUCCCUUCAGAUUUGGGACAGGAAUGGAUUGUGGUCGUGUGCCCUGUUGGAAAAAGAGCCCUUAUCGUAGCCUCCAGGGGUUCUACCAGUGCCUACACCAAGAGUGGCUACUGUGUCAACAGGUUUCCUUCCCUUCUGCCAGGAGGCAACAGGCGAAACUCAACAGCAAAAGACUACACCAUUCUAGAUUGCAUUUACAGUGAGGUAAACCAGACCUACUACGUUCUGGAUGUGAUGUGCUGGCGGGGACACCCUUUUUAUGAUUGCCAGACUGAUUUCCGAUUCUACUGGAUGCAUUCAAAGUUACCAGAAGAAGAAGGACUGAGAGAGAAAACCAAGCUCAAUCCUUUCAAAUUUGUGGGGCUAAAGAAUUUCCCUUGUACUCCUGAAAGCCUGUGUGAUGUGCUAUCUAUGGAUUUCCCUUUUGAGGUAGAUGGACUUCUCUUCUACCACAAGCAGACCCACUACAGCCCCGGAAGUACUCCCUUGGUGGGCUGGCUACGCCCCUACAUGGUGUCAGAUGUCCUUGGUGUAGCUGUGCCAGCUGGCCCGCUGACCACCAAGCCAGAAUAUGCUGGACACCAGCUCCAGCAGAUUAUGGAGCACAAGAAGAGCCAGAAGGAAAAACUCACACACAAGUCCCCUGAGAAUGGGCACUAUGAGUUGGAGCACCUGUCUACCCCCAAGUUGAAGGAUUCUCCCCAUAGCCCAGACCAACCUGGAAGCCUCAUGGAGAAUUAAAGUGGGAAGCCUCUUUAAGGAGCCACAGGAUGGUACCUGACUCCAAAGGGAAUAUUGGGGAGGAGGACAGUAAUAACAGAUGACUUCAUUCUUUAGAGCAAACUUUACAAAGCCAGUCUGGCCAGAAACAACUUAUCUAUAAUCUGAAAUAUUGGCUCAAACAGUUGUGGGGAGGCUCCCAGAUUGGGUAGCAUUCAGGCUGAUUUGAGCAGCUCCUACUGUGAUUAGUGUAUCCUAGAUCCUCAAUGUAAAUAUAUGUGAUUUGUAAGAAAGAA